UGGUGAAAGAGACAAGCUUUCAAGCUUAUGCAGAGCUCUUAUUCAGGUCUGUAAGCAGAGGAUUUGCUAGGACAGAAAUUGCAAUUUGCCCUUUGCUGUUUAUUGAAUCAAUCUGGGAUUUUCACUCUUCAGUAUAAUCAAGGUUCCAUCAUGUCCGUGUUCUGUGAGCUUGUUCCACUCUGUUACAAGAGGGAGGAAGUCUGUAUGAGCGUGGGUUAUAUCAAGUACAGAAACAAAAGACACCACACGGUUUACAAAAAUAGAGCCUCCGAACAGCCGGAACCCUUUUAACAUUAAAGGUUUAGGGAUAUUUUGAGGCCUGUUUCUGUGUCAGGGUGUGGGUUCAUGGACCGGAGUGCUGCUGCCCCUUUAAGGCCUGUUUGUGUGUAGGGGUGUGGGUGCAGGGACUGCUCUGAGACAGAAACAUUAUUUGAAUAUUUAUGAGCUGAUGAUCUGAAGGCGAGUGUGACAGAAAAAGACAAUCCCUGCUGCUCUUGGAGCCUAAAAAUCACUUUACCAGGCAGCUCCUCUCUGCCCAGGACUCUGACUGACUGGAAGCAUUGGAAACAGGCAAGAUACUAAAGUGGAAGAUGGGAGGCAGGUAUUCAAGUCCACUGGAUGGAAGACAGCGCAGGUACCUGAGAGGUCGAUCUGAUGCCACAGUGAAGAAUUUCAUGCCCUAUUAUCAGAGGCAACUUGCAACCACCUUUCUGAGACGGGUCUCAAAGGAGUUGGAUCCGCAAGGCAAACCUGCUCUACAGCUGCUGCAGAGCAAACUCCAGAAGCCACCUGACGCUCUUCUGCAUGAGGGAUUCCUGAUGCAGUAUAAUGGGGACACCUGCAAGUGGAAGAAGAGUUAUUUCAUUUUGCUGGGAAACUGUACCCUGGAGUGGUUUGAUAGUAAAGAGGCCCAGGGGAAAGGAUAUAAGCCCAGAGGAUCCACCACCCUGUCCGGAUACUUGCUGGUGACCUCACUGAGCGAAUACAACAGGCUGAUUGACAGUCUCUGCCAAGGAUUAGUAGGUAAGUCUGCCCAGGGGAAAGGAUAUAAGCCCAGAGGAUCCACCACCCUGUCCGGAUACUUGCUGGUGACCUCACUGAGCGAAUACAACAGGCUGAUUGACAGUCUCUGCCAAGGAUUAGUAGUUGACUACACCCACCGAGACCAAGACCCCUUAAAUGGGCCUCCAGAAGAGUUUCUGCUGUUCCUUUAUCAUCCGUUCCGAAAGUCCUUCUGUUUUUGCGCAAACUCUGCAAAAUCCCAGCACACCUGGAAAUCCGUCCUUCGAGAUGGGAUCCGAUAUUGCAGCACAGGUAACACCUGGAAGUGCCUGCAUUACUAG